CCCCAGACUGAUCGGAAUGGUAGGAGUCGCCAUCUGUCCCUCAUAACGGCAGGCUCCGUUCAAUAGGCAGCGAAUGGUGAUACAAGAGGUACAUAUUUAGCACCACAGCCCGGAGUGACUCAAAAGAACGCGCACCACCACCACCAUAUAUACCUCUGCUUUCUGUCCCCGGGUGGAACAACACAGAACAGACCCAGAGUAUCAAAGUAUCAACAAACAGUAAUAUGAGAAUAAUCGCCCUCGGCCUGAUGGGCCUACAGUGCGUGGCGAGCAUGCGGUUCGCCAUGUACAUUGAUGAGUACCACACAAGUGGCCUCCCCGGCGCCAACCAAACCCAAGGCAUCACGCACGCUAUCAUGGCUUUCGCCCAGUCCACGCUCUUCAACUCCGCCUCUCCCCCACAAUUUACCCCCUUCGAGUCUGUCUCCACCAUGCGCAGUCGCUUCAGCCCGGGGACUAAGCUCAUGAUCGCUAUCGGCGGAUGGGGCGAUAGCUCGGGGUUCUCAACGGCCGCGAAAGAUGAGACUUCUCGCAACCUGUAUGCGAAGAACGUAGCGGCUAUGGUGAACCAGGUUGGUUUCGAUGGUGUUGACAUUGAUUGGGAAUACCCCGGCGGUAACGGCCAAGACUACAAGACAACACCGAACAGUGCCAAAGUUUCUGAAAUAACUACCUAUCCCUUAUUCCUCCAAGCGCUACGAAGUGCCCUCGGCCCCAACAAGCUUCUCUCUAUUGCGGUCCCCGGUAAGAAGGAAGAUAUGAUCGCCUUCACCAACACCACAGGCCCGCAGAUCUGGCCCUCGGUUGAUAUGGUGAACAUCAUGUCGUACGAUCUCAUGAACCGCCGGAAUAACGUCACAAUGCACCAUACCUCUGUUGUGGAUUCGUUCAAUACCGUGCAGGCGUAUCGGGAUAUUGGCCUCCCUGGCAAUAAGACGAACCUGGGAAUGGCGUAUUAUGCGAAGUGGUUUGAGACUGAUCCCAAUGAUGAGAAGGAAUGUGAGGAUCAGCCGAUUGGGUGCAAGGUAGUCGUUAUGGAGAACGCAGAUGGGAGCGAUAAUGGGAAAAGCGGGAGUCUGACGUUUGAAAAGAGUGUUAUGAGUGCGCCUCCGGCUAACCUGAAGACGAGUGUGGACGGCACCUGCGGUUUUGAUAAGGGGACGAAGUGUCCCUCUGGGAGUUGUUGCAGUCAGUACGGAAACUGUGGAACGACCGACGACUUCUGCCAAGCAGGCUGUCUAUCUGACUACGGAACAUGCAAAGGCAUUUCAAUCACGGAUUCAUGGCGGCGCGCGCAAGAGAACGCCAAACUGGACGAUGUCAUGGGUGGAGAGUACUACUUUGAUGACGAGGUCAAUGUGUUCUGGACAUGGGAUACCGCAGACAUGAUUGCACGCAAGUUCACUGAUAUUGUGGAUAAGCUGGGACUCGGGGGUGUUAUGGCAUGGAGUUUGGGCGAGGAUACAUUGGCUUGGGAGCAUUUGGGAGCCAUGCAGAAGGGUGUUGCCUCCAGGUAGUAGUAGCAUUAUCUCUUCAGCGAAGCAUCGGGUGAUGGAAGGAGUGCCC